UGUGCAAUGUGCAUGAAGGCCUUGAUAAGGAGGAAGCAGAAACGUGCAGCUCAUACAGACUGAUAUCAUUAUUUUUGGGCCUGGUGAUAUCUGUCGUACAUUAUUAGUGUUAUAUAUGAAGUGUUGUCAGGGAAGAGAGGCAAACAGUAAGGUGGCUGUAGCUUCAUGUGAAACAACACAGCAGCAGCGACUGCAAGGUUGUCAGAAAGUGAAGCUGACAUGCACUAACUUCUGCCAGUUUGUCUGUAGUGUGGUGAGGAGUGUCAGAGCCUUCAGUAUGCCGACACCUCAUGAAAAGACAGAGGACCUGGUGCAGGAGGUAGAAGUGAAUCCUGGCAAGUCUCACAUUGGUGUCAGUGAGAGUCCUGUGAAGCAUGAUGAGCACCAAUAUCUGAAUUUAAUUAGAACAAUCCUGAAGACAGGCAACAGGAAGGAGGACCGGACUGGCACAGGCACAAUUUCCUUGUUUGGGGCACAAAUGAGGUUUUCACUCCGAGAUGAUGUGUUCCCCCUGCUGACCACCAAGAGAGUGUUCUGGCGUGGUGUGGCGGAGGAGCUGUUGUGGUUCAUCCGUGGCUCUACCAAUGCCAAGGAGCUGCAGGAGAGGGGUGUCCACAUCUGGGAUGGCAACUCAUCGAGGGAGUUCCUGGACAAGAUGGGCUUCACAGACCGGGAGGAGGGUGACCUUGGGCCUGUGUAUGGGUUCCAGUGGCGGCAUUUUGGGGCACCUUACUCAAACUUGAAUUCAGACUACACUGGCCAGGGAGUGGACCAGCUGCAGAAUGUAAUUGACACCAUAAGGAACAACCCCAAUGACAGACGCAUCAUUAUGUGUGCCUGGAAUGUGGCGGACAUUGACAAGAUGGCCCUGCCACCCUGCCACUGCCUCUGUCAGUUCUAUGUUGCCAAUGGGGAGUUGUCUUGCCAGCUGUACCAGAGAUCUGCUGACAUGGGGCUUGGUGUUCCCUUCAACAUAGCCAGUUAUGCCUUGCUCACCUAUAUGAUUGCUCACAUCACUGACUUGAAGCCUGGAGACUUUGUGCACACUCUUGGUGAUGCACAUGUGUACAGCAACCACUGUGAGGCCCUGGAGGAGCAGAUCAAGAGGGAGCCGAAGCCUUUUCCCAAGCUGAGGAUCAAGAGGAAAAUUACAUCCAUUGAUGACUUCAAGAUGGAGGACUUUGAGCUUGAAGGAUACAAGCCUCAUCCCAAGAUCAAAAUGGACAUGGCUGUGUGAUCAGAGUGCCCACCAUCCAAGCUGAGGCUCAGCGAUGUGCUGCUCUCAUUUGUCAUUUCUAUCAACAUAGCACUUUUGAGACCAUUUCCUGUUUUCUUGUAUAAGAAGAAAAUAGAUUGUCAUGUUAUUAUAUUUGUAUGCUUCAGGUAUUACAGUGUGCACUCACAUAUACCAGUUUGCUUACUUAGUAUAGUCAUUCUAGGUUUGGGACUUGGGCAAAGGUGCACUGCUUUUUGAUCCUUUAAAUGCCUUCUUUGAAGGUUACCUGCUGCUGUAAAGUUAUGCAUGGUGACAAGGUGUUCAUUGGCUGUGUGUCCCUGCAAGCAGAGGGUCUGCCUGCUGCAGGCUCAAAAGCUGAGGAGCCAUAAUCUAUGCAGGAACACUACAUACUAUGUGCUCAUCAUCCUUACUUAUGUGUGGCAGGCUUCUGAUCCUUUUUUAAUAUUGAUCAAAUGGAACCUAUUAUUUUUAAGGUCACACAUUUGAUAAGAGACAUUUACAUAUAUGGCACCUCUCACUCUGCUGAUGUUGGGAAAUGAGUGCAAUAAUGGUGAUGAUAGUAACAUAUGUGGAGAUCUAUCACGGCAUUCAUAUACAAGUAGACAUGAUGAUAUGAAGGGGAAAAAAAAAGUUCCUAUAAAGGAGGCAUUGUUUAGUGAUCUGAGAGAAGCUUCCUCCAUACUCCAGCAGUAUUUGAAGUGGAAAGCUGCUAUAAACACAUUUAUUUAGCUGCAGUGUUGUAUGUUUGUACUUACCAUUAAAGUAGUUACACAAAAUGAUAAAGAAUAUGUGUAACUAUUCUCUGUCUGUUUAUUAAAUGAAUGUAAGAGAA